CGGUUCGCCUAGCUGAGGGAGGAUAGGCGAGCGGCGCAAGCGCGCCUGCGCGCCUACGGCGGCCGGAAGGGGCCUGAGGUGGCGCUGCCGGUGACAGACGCUGAGCCCCACCCUUUCUCACGUGGCCGAGAAAACCGGCUCAGGAGCAUCUGUCAGGCGCCUGCAGCCCCACAUGGGAGGAAUGAAGAUGGCCUCCAAGCACAUCACCCAGGAGACCUUCGAUGCAGCUGUUCGUGAGAACAUUGAGGAGUUUGAGAUGGGGCCAGAGGAGGCAGUUAAAGAGGCCGUGGAGCAGUUUGAAUCACAAGGGGUUGAUAUGAGCAACAUUAUAAAGAUGGUGCCCAAAGUCUCUGCGGAUGGACCCCAGGAGCCCACACAUGCCAUCCUGCAGGCCCUGGACAACCUGCAGGAAUCUGUGGCCUGCUCUCACCCCCAGGAGGUAUCAGCACACCUUGCCCGCUUUUGCGAGCAGUGCAAGCAGAAUAAGGCCUGCCGCUUCCUGGCAGCCCAGAAGGGUGCCUACCCCAUCCUCCUCGCUGCCUGGAAGCUGGCUGCAGUGAGUGACCAGGGCCUCCUGCUGCAGGCCCUCAAUGCCCUGUCAGCCCUGAUUGACAGUCAGCCCGAUCUCCUAGACACCCAGGGCCUGAAGCUGCUGGUGGCCACGCUGGCCCAGAACACCGAAGUGACGGAUCUAAUCUGCUCUGGGAUCCGCUGUGUACGCCAUGCCUGCCUGAAACACGAGCAGAAUCGGCAGAGCCUGGUGAAGGCUGGCGUGCUGCCCCUGCUGACUGGCGCCAUCACCCGGCAUGGCCACUGUGCUGAUGUGGUCAGGGAGGCCUGCUGGGCCCUCCGCAUCAUGACCUUUGAUGAUGACAUCCGUGUGCCCUUCGGCCAUGCCCAUGACCAUGCCAAGAUGAUUGUGCAGGAGAACAGAGGCUUGAAGGUGCUCAUCGAUGCUGCCAAAGCAUUCCCUGACAACCCCAGUGUGUUGAGUGAGCUCUGCAGCACCUUGUCCCGCCUGGCUGUCCGCAAUGAGUUCUGCCAGGAGGUCGUCGACCUUGGGGGCCUCAGUGUCCUGGUGGCCCUGCUGGCCAACUGCAGUGACCACCAAGACCUUGUGAAGCAGGUGCUGAGUGCCCUGCGGGCCAUCGCAGGCAACGAUGAUGUGAAGGAUGCCAUUGUCCAUGCCGGCGGGACAGAGUCUAUUGUGGCUGCCAUGACCCGGCACCUGGCUAGUCCUCAGGUGUGCGAGCAGAGCUGUGCAGCCCUGUGCGUCCUGGCUUUGCGUAAGCCAGAGAACAGCCGGGUCAUCGUGGAGGGCGGUGGGGCUCAGGCCGCACUGGAGGCCAUGAAGGCACACCCACAGGAAGCUGGCGUGCAGAAACAGGCCUGUAUGCUGAUCCGAAACCUGGUGUCUCGUAGUCAAGCAUUCUCACAGCCUAUCCUGGAACUGGGGGCGGAGGCGCUCAUUGCACAAGCCCGUGCCAUCCACCGAGACUGCGAGGACGUGGCCAAAGCUGCCCUGCGGGACCUGGGCUGCCGUGUUGAACUCCGAGAGCUGUGGACUGGCCAAAAGGGCAACUUGGCACCAUGACCCAGCCUUGGUCUGGGCCAUGAGUCUGGGUGAGUCGAGUGACUCAGGAAAUGGGGAGAUCAAUGCAUGUCCUGCCCCUCCCCAGAUUCCUCCCCUCACUUAGUGAGAGGUGUUUUCUGACAGGCGUGGAAAGGGAGCACCCCCUUAUAGUGAGGAGUCUACACUAGGUCCUAUGUUCCUCUCACCAGCUGACAGUGUUGGUGUCACCUGUCGUGCCCAUUCCCUAAGCCCUCUCCUACCAGAAGGGCCUUCUCAGUGUUCCUUGGAGCAAAGAGCUAUCUGAAAUUUGGCAUCUACACUGGCCAGUGGCAGAGUGGGGCAAGAAUCCUGCUCCUCCCCCUUGAAGUCCAUUCUGGCCCUGCUCUUGUUUUUUUCAUAUUUGAAAUGGGUCACAGAUACCUUGCUCUGCUGGCCAAAGGGCAGGGACUGAGGCUGAUCCACCUCUGGGGCCCCAGGCCAGCCAGUGGUGCGUGGUAAUAAAAGACUGUUGGUUGAAC